AUUAUUUUGCCGCAUAUUUUCGGUUCCCCUUGGUUCCCUUUGGUUCCCUCUAAAAAAAACCUCAAGAGCUAUUCUUCAAAUGGUUUUUAUCGACAAUUUCUAACUAAAUCAGCUUAAAGGAUGUAUGAAUACGAUAAUACGAUAAAAUGCUAGCCAUAAAUGAAUUUUUGAACAGAGUUGAGUGCAUUAUAUUGAGCCUACAAACCCUAUUCGUAAAAUGUAUUCACGAUUGUGCCCCUACGGCGCAUGCUUUUGGCGGGAACCGCUGAAAACUUGAAGUUGAAGUUGAAUUUGUGAACUGGAAACAAUUAAAAGGAUUGGAACUCAGACUCAGAAACAUAACAUACAAGGGGAUAAAACGCGAUAGAAGCAAUUAAAAGGAUUUUGGGUGAAGUGCACCUGGAUACGCCAGGCAUGGCAUCGACGGGCUGGACGCGUGUCACCUCUGCCGCUGGGGUGCCCUAUUACGUGCACCACGGAGACCAGCGAACCUCCUGGACACACCCGCGACUCACUGCCGCGCUACAAUGCAUCCAGGAGUGCGCGUACGUUCGCUACGCCGCCUACCGCAUGGCGGUAAAGUGUCGCCAUCUGCGCCAUGUUCUGCUGCUCGAUACAGUCACACUGGCUGACGUCAAAGCGGCGUUCGCUGCGCACGGUCUGGCCGCCGCUGGUGCCGGCGAGGCGCUCAACUGUGACCGCGUGGCGGAGGUACUGGAGACACUGCUGGAUGUGGGAGACGGCUGCGCGCAGCAGCGUGCUGAUCCCCUGCUGAGCGCCGCUCUGACAGUGCUGGACCGGCGGCGGGCCGGCGCCAUCACCACUGUCUCGCUGAAGCUGCUGCUGGGCCUGCUCUGCUCGGGCCGACUGACGGAGCGCUACCGGUUCAUGUACGCCGAGCUGGCCGAUGUGGGUGAUGUGCUGCCACCAGCACAGCUCGGUCGACUGCUCGAGGUGGCCGCUGCGCUGGCCGAGCUUCUCGGCGAGCGCGAGGCGUUCGGUCGUCACCUGAUAGCCGGCACGGUGCGCUCUUGUUUCGGCCGAGGCGGCGGCGCGGUGGGCGCUGGAGCCAACUCUCGGGACAGUCUGAUGGUGUGGCUGCUGCGGGAGCCACAGAUGCUCGUCUGGGUGUCGACUCUGUACCGCCUGGUCUCAGCCCAGGCCGUGGUGCACAGCGUCAGCUGCGGGGUGUGUGGUGUGAAACCGGUAGUUGGACUGUGUUACGCCUGUCUUCGCUGCCUGAAUUUCUACCUCUGCCAGGAGUGCUUUUUCCGGGGGUUGACGAACCGCGGUCACAAGCAACACCAUCCUCUUCAGGAGUUCUGCGCUCAGUGGAACCGCCGUCAGAAGACGCAGGCGCUGUUCAGGACACUGUGGAACAAACUGAGCGGCAAGACGGGCCGGAAACCUGCCACUCUGCCGCCGGCCAAAGUAACCGUCGACUCAGCGCAGCAGACGUCAAUGGCUGCGCCUGUCGCUGGAAGUGAGGACCCGCCGUCUUCGUCGUCCUCCGAGGACGAGGAGGACGAGGACCUGUCAUCUCGUACGCUCCUAGACGGCACGGUGUCAUGCGACCCGCAGCUGGAUAGCAUCCUGGGCCACCUGGAGAUGGAGAACGGUCGACUGGCCGGCGAGCUGCGCCGGCUAAGGCACGUGCUGCCGCCCGGCGAGCGACUCCCGGAAGCCGAGCAGCAGGAGAUGCACUGCCAGCUGCAGCGGCUCCGCUCGCUGGUGCGACGCCGGCGCGGUGGCAGGCGACAGAACCAGCCGCGUACACCGUCCCCGCCCCCGCGGCCGGCACACAUGCAGUCGACGCCGAUGCCACGUUUCUCGCAGCUGAGUCCGAUCGCUCGUGUGCCCGGCUCACCGGUAGACGGCGCGCUCAGUCCGAUUCACUCCGGAAUAGAGGCGCCGGCGUCGGUGAGUCCCCCGCUGCGUCGCGACGGGAGCCGCCAGGAAGCGGCCGACGCGCCUACAGACCAGCACGCUACUCUAGUGCCUGGUGAUGAGCACCCCGCGGAGCCCGCUGCGGAGUCCGGCACCGCCAGCCCCGAACCACUUACCUUCAGCGCUCAUCUGCCCGAUCUCACCGAGUACUCUCUAUCAGACCUUGCCGACGUGACCGGUCUGGCCGACCCCGAGGAGCCGGCCGCACCCGAGCCUCCGCUGGCGCCCUCUGCUGCGGUUCAAGACACAGAGGUGACGCUGGCGGCUCUGCGGGCCGAGCUGACGCCACUGGAGCGGACGGUGGAGCGCGGGCCAGAGCUGUGGCCGGCGCGAGCGCUGACCGGUACCGUGCCGCUGCAGACCGCCGGGGAGCUACUGGAGCUCCUCGCCGAUCUCGAGAACCUCUGUGUGUCCGUACAGGGCGGCGUGGAUGGCCGCGUCUAGUGGACGAGGGGAGCAUGGAAUACUCGUGUUAGCGCCCCUCGCUCUGCCCCGCGCGGCCCGCUGUCGGCUCGUCCGCCGCGGUCGGUCAGUCGGUGGUGCGCGCUGCGGGGGUCGAGUCGCCUGCGCCUUCGGCUCCGAGCCAAACGGUCCGUGAUCCGCCAGCACCAUGCCUGAGCCAGUUAUUUACUCGGUGGAUGACAUCAGUGACGCCGAUGCUGACACGCUGCGGCAGAAGAUCCUACAACGGGUACAGCAGGAUGACCUCAAAGAUCUCGUGGACCCGGUGGACCUCCGUCGAAUCCGCACCGACCCCCUCUGGUGCAAACGGUUUAUGGCACACGGCGACAAUGUCAUGGAUCAGGCGUUCAAGUUCAUGGUCGACUCACUCAAAUUCCGAAAAGAAAUGAACGUUAAUGCACUGACACUACAGUCGGUGGACCAGGCGCUCUUCAAGAAGGGCGUCAUGGCUGCCCACGGCCGGGACAAGGCUGGCUGCGCGGUGGUCAUCUUCAGCGCGCGCCUGCACGAGCGCGUCUCCGGGGCGCAGUUCGAGGAGGUGAAGAAGUUCCUCGUCUUCUGGCUGGAGAAAAUGGAGAGGGAAGAGAAAGGGAAGCGGAUCACAAUGUUCUUCGACAUGGGAAACGCCGGUCUAUCUAACGUCGACAUUCCAUUCAUCUCCUAUCUCAUCAACCUGUUCAAGUUCUACUACCCGGACUUGCUGAAUGCUAUCAUGGUCUUCGAAUUGCCUUUCAUCAUGAACGCGGCGUGGAAGAUCGUAAAGAACAUGCUUCCCGCCAAGUCUCACCAGCUCAUCAAGUUCGUCUCCAAGAAGGACGUGACCACGUUGAUACCUCAGAGCUGCGCCCUGAAGCGCUGGGGAGGUGAGGACGAUUGGACCUACACCUUCGACCCGGCGGCGUGCGCCAUGCCCCCCAACCCAUUCCUGAGUGACCAGCCGGACGGUCCCGAGGUCAGCAAGGUCAACGGCGAGCCGGUAGAGGUCAACGGGGUCAGCAACGGUCACCCGGGCCGGAAGGCAUCCAACGCGCGGAAGCGGACCAGUUUGAAGACAUCCAAUCUGCACGACUUUCACAGCAUCCGGGAGUCCCCCAGCACAGCUUCUGAGCCGGGCCCGAAGGUUCAUUUCGGCGACGAGAUCAGUACAUCGAGUGAUGACCUGUCGGGCAAGAUGCCAUCGGACAGCACCUCUGCAGAGCUCGGAGGGAUGCUGCAGGUCACCCCCGGUGACGAGGUGUGGUUUGGUACCGGCUCAUCGGGUGUCAAGAGGACGGUCACCCUGGUCAACAUCCGAGGCGCUCCAGUCGCCUUCAAGGUGAAGACAACCUCGCCGGAGAAGUUCCGCGUGCGUCCGAGCAGCGGUGUGGUUGGCACCGGCCACCGACAGACUGUGGAACUGCAGCUCUGUGACGGUGUAACCGCCCAGCAUGUCAUUACCGAUCGGUUCCUGGUGGUGGCCGCGCCAGUGGCCCACGAGAGGGUGCCCGCUCGCGACAUGGCCCGUCUCUGGAGGAGUCUGCCCAGUGACGACAAACAGGAGCUAUGCCUCCGCUGCUCCGCGGCACCAUCACUAAACGACCCCAUGGUGGUGAUGGUGCGGGGUCUGGGCACCAAGCUGGAGGCCGUCACCAGUCAGCUGGAGAAGCAGCAGCAGCUGCUGAGCCGUGCUGAACAGCAGUACGCCAGCGCCCGCGGACGGCUGGCUGCCGCGCUGGCCGCCCUCGCUGCCAUGGCGGCUAUCAAUAUCGCGCUUGCCUUCUCUGCUGGCCAAUGUUGACCCUGGAUGAAGUGCCAAUCGAACUACAUCAGCUCCAGUUCCAGCGCUGCAUAGAAGCUAGCCUAGAUGCUUCCAAAGUCUGCUCCAACUUCAUUGAGAAGCGACGUGACGGUGUUGAGCGUCACAAAACCGAUGUGUUGCGCUCAAAGCGUGGGCAAGGCAACGUUCGGUGUCACAAGUACAGAUACUAGUCCAGAGUCGUGAAUGAACAGAUACAUAUCCGAUAUAAUAUGUGAGACGUCGCCGUGCCGUAUUGUGGACGUAGAACAAUGUAUGAGAUUAGGUCGGGACGACAACUACGACCAUCUAUGCCAUGGGUCGUUGUGAAGUCACUCCAAUGGAGUGCCUUGAGGUAAAUAUCGCCUCGUUCCAUGCCGCGUUAGGCACCCAGAUGUCGGCCCCGUGCCGCGGACUAAGAACGAGCUUAGACUAUCGGGCGAUUCUGAUGGACCAACUGCGCCCUGUCAUAGAAAGAUAAUGGUCGAACUGCUAGGAAUUCGUCUGGCCUGGCCAUAUGCCAUAGUUGUGAUGAGUGGAAGCCAGAUAAUGGGCGUUGGGAGAUCAGGCAUGGAAACGGAAAGCGGGUAUGUAAUACAAAGUGAAUGUCAA